AUGAGCAGGACAGAUUUGGACAGGAGCUCGCAGCAGGCAGAGGAUCAGGCUAAUGCUCAUGGGACAUCAUCAAACAGUCAAUCUGGCCAUCGGAGGAGACCAUCAGAGAAUCAGUCUGGUCCUCGAAGGGUGACAUCAGAGCCGCAAAAUGGUCCACAAAGGGAGUACAUCAGCACUAUGCCCCGAUCAAAACCAUCCACAAAGGCGUUAGAUCCACAUCCGGGCAAGGCGAGCGGUCGCAGUCACACUCGCCGAGGUAAGAACCAAUUUGGCCGGACUGCAUCCUCGGCCGUGCCGCCGCCUCCCCCCUACGACAUACUCUUCUGUGGCACAGACUUCUUUGCCCUUGAGAUACUUCGCGCUUUGCACGACAGAAAAGACCUGUGGAGAUCGCUAGCCAUCAUUACGCCUCCGGACACAAAUCAAGGCUGGGGUGCUGCGCAGAUGAAAGUCUCUCCCGUCAAAAGCUGGGCAUAUGAGCAGCAUUUGCCGCACUGCCACACUUCCGAGCUCCCACUCAUACAUGAGGAACAGCAUCCUGCGUUCUCAAGAUUCCUUCGUAAACCUGAGCGCGCACUGCUGGUGACUGCUUCUUUUGGGUCAAUGAUCGAUGAUGAGACCCUGAAGCUCUUCACUGAGAGAUCAUCAUCGAUGGCAUUGAACGUGCACCCCAGUCUGCUUCCGAAGCUUCGAGGAGCUGCACCGAUACAGUGGACCAUCGCCAAUCGCAUGUCCGAAACGGGUGCGACCGUUCAGCAAUUGUCGAGCGGAAAAUUCGAUUGCGGCGCUAUCCUUGCACAGAGAAAGAUCGGUGUGCCUCCCAAUGCCACUUAUGAUUCCUUAUUGCCUACCAUGGCAUACCUCAGCGCACAACUGCUUUUAGACACUUUGACAGAUCUGAUCAAGUGUCACACAAAUCGGUGGAAGCAGGACGACACGCAGGCCACCUUCGCCAACAAAAUCCGGAAGGACCACUUCUUGAUCGAUUGGCACAAGCACAGCGCAGGUGCUAUCGAAGCGAGAUGGCGGGCCUUCAAGCACCUCGGUCCACUCCAAACUUACAUGCAUACUCCAAUCAAUACAUCAUCGAGGCAAAUUCUGCUACCACCGGCCAAGGUCCUACUGAGCGACAUCAGCCUCGUUACACCAGACAUGCGACACUUUGGCGCAACAGCCAGACGAUUGUGGUCAAAUGGUCGUCCGAAACCAGGGAGAGCUUGGUAUGCACACCGGACCCAUGACACGCCGGUCUUGAUCUGCGACGCACUUUCAGAUGAAGAGAGGGAACUCGCAAAGAGGACUUCAUCGAGUCCUGACAAGGAUCAGUAUGUACCGGAAGUCGGCAUGAGGCUUCCACCGUGGAUCCCUGGGUCUGAAAAGUUGCCCUACCGCGAGCUGAAGAAGCUCCAUGGCGGUCCUCUUCCAGCAGUUCAAGUUGCCAGAAUUCAGACAGAUUCGAGACCCAAAUGGCCUCUGGACACGUGGUGGAAGAAUCAAUUGCCCCGUCGAGAUCCUUCGGGCACCAUGCGCUUUGGAGAUCCCGAGACGCCCGAGCAAGCGGAAGAGCGAAUCAUGGUCAACAGCACAAAGAAGGUCAAGAAGCAACGAGGCGCAGAGAAGGAUGGUGAAGUGGCCCAAGUUGACAGGCUGGAGAGCGCUCAACACAGAGCGCGGAUGCACCUUACCCGCUGGGAGUUUCGCAACUUGUACAAGGAACGAGAGCGAGAGUACGGCAGUGGCAUAGAGUGGGACAGUGAAUACGAUCGCGAGCCAGAUUCUGGGAAUGACAGGGAGGGGCAGAGUAGAGGCGAUACACCAAGGACGGACGAUGCGGAGCCUCAGAAUGAGAAAUGGCCCUUUUAA